CCCAUGUCGUGUUACUCACGAUAUCGACGACGAAAGUUAAAGCGAGUACUACCGAAGUACGCACUGUUCGCUGCAGUCCCACCCAUUCCUCUUAAACAAACUUGUCAAAAUGCGUGAGAUCGUCCACAUCCAAGUCGGCCAGUGUGGAAAUCAAAUUGGUGCCAAGUUCUGGGAGAUCAUCUCUGAUGAACAUGGAAUUCAGCCCAAUGGUGUAUACCAAGGCGAGUCUGAACUGCAGCUAGAGAGGAUUGAUGUCUACUACAAUGAGGCCAGUGGUGGGAAAUAUGUUCCAAGAGCAGUUCUUGUUGAUUUGGAACCAGGUACCAUGGACUCAGUUCGUUCUAGUCCUUAUGGCCAAAUCUUCAGGCCUGACAACUUCGUGUUUGGUCAAUCUGGUGCUGGCAACAACUGGGCCAAGGGACACUAUACUGAAGGGGCUGAAUUAGUUGACUCUGUUCUUGAUGUUGUCAGGAAGGAAGCAGAAGGAUGUGACUGCCUUCAGGGAUUUCAGUUAACUCACUCUUUGGGGGGUGGUACUGGAUCUGGCAUGGGAACCCUCUUGAUCUCCAAAAUUCGUGAAGAAUACCCCGAUCGUAUCAUGAACACGUUCUCCGUGGUUCCGUCUCCGAAGGUUUCUGACACGGUUGUUGAGCCUUACAACGCAACUCUUUCUGUCCACCAGCUAGUUGAGAACACGGAUGAAACGUACUGCAUUGACAACGAGGCUCUGUAUGAUAUCUGCUUCCGAACGCUCAAACUAACCACGCCCACUUAUGGCGAUCUCAACCACCUUGUCUCGCUUACCAUGUCGGGUGUGACAACUUGCCUCCGUUUCCCAGGCCAACUCAAUGCCGAUCUUCGAAAAUUGGCCGUCAACAUGGUCCCUUUCCCUCGUCUGCACUUUUUCAUGCCUGGUUUCGCUCCGCUGACUUCCCGUGGCUCGCAACAAUACCGCGCCCUUACUGUUCCAGAACUCACUCAGCAAAUGUUUGAUGCCAAAAACAUGAUGGCCGCUUGUGAUCCUCGUCAUGGCCGUUAUCUAACCGUAGCUUCCAUCUUCCGUGGCCGCAUGUCCAUGAAGGAAGUUGACGAGCAGAUGCUAAACAUUCAGAACAAAAAUUCGUCCUAUUUUGUCGAAUGGAUUCCCAACAAUGUCAAGACAGCCGUUUGCGACAUUCCUCCGCGUGGUUUGAAAAUGGCGGCGACUUUCAUAGGCAACUCGACAGCUAUUCAAGAGCUGUUCAAACGCAUUUCGGAGCAAUUUUCGGCAAUGUUCCGUCGUAAGGCUUUCCUCCAUUGGUACACUGGUGAAGGCAUGGACGAAAUGGAGUUCACUGAAGCUGAAUCCAACAUGAACGAUCUCGUUUCGGAGUACCAGCAGUAUCAAGAAGCUACGGCUGACGAUGAGGCGGAUUUUGAGGAAGAUCCCGAUGCCGAAGCUGACAAUGCUUAAAUUGCUUGAAAGCUGUUGUUAACUGUUAAACUUCUUCGCCCUUUUCCUCAGACUCCUUUAUUUAUUUUCCAACUGAAGCUAUCGAUCUGCUCCUCGCCCUACCACUCCUUUAUUAUAUACAAAUCCGAAAUUCCUAUUACCAAGUCCUUUCGCUUUGUUUGUGCAUUCAGUAAGGCCUGCCCUCUUGCUUUCAGACAAUACAAUUGCAGAAAUACCGCAA